AUGGGUCAGUCUUUAUGUGCUCCUGUUCUAUCCAAGGAAACGAAGAGCUGGCAGAAUGAAAAUUAUAGUGUUGCAGUAUCCAGCAUGCAAGGAUGGCGUGUACAUAUGGAAGACGCUCAUAUGUGUUUACUAGAGCUUCCUGGUGAUCCAAAGGCUGCCUAUUUCUCAGUUUUUGAUGGACAUGGAGGUACAAGAGUGGCAAAUCAUGCAAGUCGUCAUCUUCACGAGAAAAUUCUUGAACAAAUUGAAUAUAGUCGGAACGACAUAAAAGAGGCUAUUCGUCAUGCCUUUCUUUCUAUGGAUGCUGAGAUGCAAUCUGAAAUGACCACAUAUUCUGUUAAAUCAUCGGCACCGAAAUUAGACAGCUCAGUUAAUUUAACAGCUCCUGGUUCAGUUGUAGCAGUGAAAGAUAGUACUGUUGAAACCCACAAUGAAAGUACAACAAGCUUCUCUUUGAAAAUUCCAAAUCCAGGUGAUGAAUUGGCUGGAUCCACUGGAAUAAUAGUCCUACUGAAAGAUCAAAUGCUUUACUGUGGAAAUGCUGGAGACAGCCGUGCAGUAUGUAGCAGACGUGGAGUCGCAGAACCUUUGUCUACAGAUCACAAACCAACUCUACGUGCUGAGAAAGAACGUAUUUCUGCUGCUGGUGGUUGGGUCGAUGCAAAACGUGUGAAUGGGAACCUUGCACUAUCACGAGCUUUCGGGGAUUUUGUCUUCAAGCGUAAUCCACACCAGUCUGCCGAAAACCAAAUCGUAACUGCAAAUCCGGACGUUUUUGUUCGACGACUUUCAGUCGAAGAUGAUGAAUUUAUUGUACUGUGUUGCGAUGGUAUAUGGGAUGUAAUGACAAAUCAGGAAGUUGUAAGCUUUAUUCGUCUGCGACUCAGUUAUGGUAUGCUUCCAUCUAAAGUAUGUGAAGAACUUAUGAUGCGAUGUCUAGCACCUGACUGUCAUACAAAUGGUUUGGGCUGCGAUAACAUGACUGUCGUUUUGGUCUGUCUCUUACAAGGACGCCCGUUCUCGGAUUUGCAACGCAAGUGUUCUCGAUCGUGUCCAGCCGGUCCAGCAGCCGAUAUUUUAGGUCCAUGA